UGAGCCUUUAUGUCGUUUCUUAUCUACCCUUUACUCUAGCGGCGAGUAUGAGAAAUGUCUCCCGCCUACCAGCAGGCAACACGCGCACAUACACACACGCACACACACAGCACUUCUAUGUUUGUCAGACUCAAAUCCGAGGGAGAGGAGCUAGCCGCCAUUUUCUAAGCGUCUCUCCCUAAAACGAGAGAAAAAGACUGGCGACAAACUGUCAUCUGGAUUACAUUUAGCUUACCGGGAAUCGGGGUUUUCGACAAAGGAUUGCCGUGAAAUCGCCUACAUUUCAAGUAAUUUGGAAUAGGAAGGACUGUUUUACGGCCUUGUGUUAUAUUCGCUGUGGCGGCGAGGCGAGCUAGCUGGCGAGCAAGGUGUAGAUCGUUGAUUCGCCCAUUGCUGAAUCCGGAACGAAGCCGAGCGGCUCCGUGAACCGGGCCCUUUCCGCAUUCUGACUGCAUUUUUGGAUUAAUUAAUGGCACUGUGAUCGAGCUAAACCUCGUUUCUUGUGUUAUCGCCCUUGUUUUUUUCCAUCAAAACUGCAGGGGACUGUUGCCGAAAUUCCCUCGGAUAGUGCAACCUCGUCACGUGGCUGUCCUCAGGUGGGGCAGUAAGCGGGUGGAGUGGAGCAGGCCGCGGUGCCCGUCCCUCUGCACUGCAUGGCUGCGAUGGCGCCCGCUCUCACCGACGCCCCAGCCGAAGCUCACCACAUCCGCUUCAAACUGGCUGCCCCAUCCUCAAGUCUCUCACCAGCCAGUGCAGAGAAUAACGGUAACGCCAGCAACAUCCUCAUCCAUAGCAGCGGCCCCGCUAAGUGUAAGGUCACCUCUGAAGAGUGCCCUCUUGACUUUUGCGGCGGUGACCAGGAAGAGCAGCAGCAGCCGCCACAACCCGACUCUGUGUCCCAGGCCUCGGCCUUGGGCAAACUCCAGCCACUGGUGGCUUCUUAUUUAUGCUCUGAUGUGACACCUGUCCCCUCAACUAAGGAGUCAAUCAAGCUGCAAGGAGUCCUCAUUAAACAGUCUGUGUUAAAAAGCCACAGAAUACUGCCCAGCUCCCUGCUCAACGGCGGCGGAGACUUCCUUCUGAGGAAGAGGCAGACAAUAGAACUCUCUGGUGGUCAGCUGAAAAGCCUCAUGAGUGGCAGCACUAACGGGAGUGGCCAGCCCACGGCACCUGUCAAUGGCUUGGCCAAGAAGCUGGCCACUAUGUCUGGUUCUGGCUGUGUGGUUGCAGUGAAUGGUGACAAGUCUUCUGCCACCACAGAACAGCCCCAGAACCUGCCACUGGACUCAGAGACCUUGACAGCUACUAUUUCAGGGCAUAUCCCAGUGAUAGGAACCCUUAAACAAAAGCAUUCCUCUGGGGUUUCUCAAAAUACUGAUGGAAAAAACCUUGAACCACCAGUGCUUCACUCUGCUGCACUUUCCCCCUUUACCCAUGACAACUCGAACUCCACUGAACAAGUGAACUUGGAUGCGGCUGAUUCUCAUACACCCACCAGUCAGCCACAGGGUUCUGAUAGGGAGAGGCCAGGUAGCAGCCAGCAGGGCUCCCCACCUUGCACUGCUCAACCCCAGGCUCCUCUGCCCUGUAGUUCCUCCUCGGACAGCCUUGACGCUCACGUCAGAGAGCGCAUGCUCCUCAACAGCAGCCGGCAAGCUGAGAUCGAAAGCCGGCUUCGGCGCCUGCGCAAACGUCUUCAGGUGGUACAGGCUAAGCAGGUGGAACGGCACAUCCAGCAGCAGUUGGGGGGGUUCUUGGACUCAGCUCUUAGCAGGCUACUAGCCGGCAACCGCAAAUCAGAGGCUGCCACCCCUUCAGCUUCAUGGAGGACUGGACGCCACUCUUCGUCAAACAACAGAGACAGCCUGGGUCGCUUCCUGAAAAGUGGCUCCAUGCCCCUGGAACUGGAGAGGCUGUAUUUGAGCGGCUCAGCAAACCUUCAUUCAGCAGAAAGCGCCUUUGACUCAGAUGUAACAGAAAGUAGCUCUGGUGGGGACUCUGACCUGGAAGAGGAGGAGCUGUCCAGAGUGGACAUUGAGCAGCGACAUGUUAAAAUAUGGAAGCGAGCAGAGAGCCGCUACACAGUGGAGAGAGCUGCUAUAAUCAGCCACUGGAACUGGCUCCAGGCCCACAUCUCGGAUCUGGAGUACCGCAUCCGGCAGCAGACGGACAUCUACAGGCAGAUCCGCGGCAGCAAGGGCUUGGUGGAGCUAGGAGGUGCUUCCCCCAGCGCUGUGCUAGCAGGUGGGACAGAAGUAAAGGUGGAACCUGUAAAUACUCAGGAUGUUGGUUCAGAACGGCUGGAGCACACAGGCGCCGCCCACAUCACCAACACAGAGCAGGGCUCUUGGAAGGGUCAAAACGGGCAGCCAGUUAACGGCGUCCUCAGCAGGAUGGCAGACGGUGCCGACACGAAGCACCAGCAGCCGCUGGCUUACGACAGCACGUGCGUGGCUGCGCGUACGCGACCCCUCGUCAGCUGUCGGCGACGGCGGCUCAUUCAGCCCAACGCGGUGCCCAACCUCAACGGCAAGCAGACCCUGAGGAGCAGCUGUGUCCAGUGUAACUGCAGGGUGAACCCUGGCUGUGUGAUGUGUGGUGGCUGGCCCACCCCCAGAGAGGACCCUCAGUAUGAGCAGCCCACCUUGGAGCGCCUGUCAAGGCUGGAUCUUGGCGUCCACCCCAUCCUCUCCUUCCCUGACGACGUUUGUAUAGGCCUGCGUCUGCAGCAGGUGAUGAAGAGCCAGUGGCAGACGAAGUCACUGGAGAGGAGCAAACCACUGAAGAAGCUUUCCCUCAAACACAAGCUCUCCUCGUCCAAAGAGAAGCACAAGUUCACCAACUCGCUUAUGGCAGUCAAUGUUGCAGGACUGAGUCAUUUUAAGAACCGGUCUGAGAAGCCGAGGACGCUGGACAGCGGCGUGGGCAGCAGCAGUGCCGUACUGAGCACAGCCAGGCUGGAGGGCCAGGCCGGGUGCAAGACUGAGCGGCUGCACGGCCUCUCCACCUCCUUAGGGCCCUACGACAGGAACUACAGCCGCAAGAGAAUAAGGGAGCACUCGCUUGACAGGACUGACACUUCCCCUAAACUCUUCGUGGACUCAAGCAGCCCCUGCACGACUGUGGCCAACAUGCACUCGUCCCUUCACAGCCCUUUAACCCGCCAGCUGUCCACGUCUUCUGAGAACUCCACGCCGCUGGGCGCCAGCAGCCAGAUCAUCCCAAGCACACCUCAGCCAAUCAAGCGGAGGCGAGGUGAAAGCUCCUUCGACAUCAACAACAUCGUAAUCCCCAUGUCUGUGGCCGCCACCACCAGAGUGGAGAAGCUGCAGUACAAAGAGAUUCUCACUCCCAGCUGGCGGUCGGUGGACAUCUUCUCGCAGCCCAUAACUGAAGAGGAGAGCGAACGGGAGGUGGAGGACCUCACAGACGCAGCCUUCAUCCAGCUCCAUCAGCCCUACGAGGACCAGGAGCGAUCCCGCUGGACUUGGAUGGCCCUGGCUCCUGCAAAGAGGAGGGGCAGCAGGUCGUACAAGUCUGUUGACGGGCGUACCACACCGCUGCUGUGCGGGACCAACCCUCCCACCCCUCAGCCUGCGUCCCCGGACCCCGGCCACUGCCCCAUGCUUCACGACUACAGCUACGUGCCGUCGCCCAUGAGCCCGGCCAGCCCCGACGCCUCCUCCAACCCCCACACGCCUUGCUCGAGGGACUCCCACCGGCUGCUGUCCAGCGAGGACACGCGCUGCUCGACACCAGACUUCACCUUCGAAGAACGGACGGUAGCGCCGUGGGAGCGUCGCAGCUUCCCCCUGCCAGAAGACCCAGCCCCCGAACCAGAGAUCGAGACCGACUACCACAUCAGGCCCAGAAUGCGCAGCAUCUCAGGUUGCCGAGCAACAUCCUACGGACGUCUGGACUCGGACGAUGCGGAGCCGCCUUGCGACGACGACAACGGCCCCAAACACAGGGCCUCCACCCACCGAUGAGUUAUGGAGAGGCGGCCCGGCUCGCUCCUCAUAGCUCCUCUCUGGCAUUAACAAGCAGAACCUCAAAGCGGAAUAAAAUAUUAAAAAGGUUCCUGUUGUUUGAUAUUCAAACAUCAGUCUAAUACUUUUCACAGUUUUUAGUGAACAUUAUGGAGAUAGAAGCCUUUCCCUACACUUGUUUUUGUCACAGAAAAAAAAACAUAAAUGUAAAAAAAAAAGUAUAAAACACAUUACAAAAAGUGAGUUCUGUAGUAGGCUAAACAAUGUACAUGGGGGCUUAGUGGUGUUUCAUAUGUCGCGUGUACACUUGUAGCGCACUAUGUAGCGGACUCCUCAAAAUAUGGCCAAAGGGUGUUUUCUAUUGACUAGUUUGCUUGUAAUUCCCAUGUACAUUUUUAGUGGAGUGACAAAUAACAAAAGAAGAAAAAAAGCAACAAAAAAACCCUUCCUCUCCGUCUUCAUCCACCUCUUCAUCCAAAUAAACAGGUACAUUUGCGAUGUGGUUCCCUCUUUCUCCCACUAGAGGUCGCCUGAAAUCACCAGAGCACUUCUCGUACUGCCAAGUCUAGUUUUGCUUUUUCAUUCCUGACUUUUUUUCCCCCCUUUGUUUCUUGUUCUGUCUGUUCCAGCAUAAGCAUUCUUUGUUUUGUUUUUUUUCUUUAAAUAGUAAAUCAUUCCUCUGGUCUCUUUAUGGAGAGCAACCGUUUCACCCUACAGUCUCCUCUUGGUUCUGUUGGAAAUACUACACAGACAAGUUUUUUUUUUUUUAAAGCACUUGCCCGGUCAAAAGCUGCUGCAUGCUGAAAAACAUGCUAAUGCUAGUCUCACCACUCUAAAAAUUGCAGGUAAUUUCACAUUUUGCGAACAGCCGUGGCUGUAAGUCAGAUUGUGUAGACAAACACACAGUAACCUCCAGCUUUGGUUUCUUUCUCCAGAUUUCCAGAUCUUCAAAAUGUAGCAGCUCUGUUAAAAUCCACCACAAGCUCAGGUUCUUCAAGGGAAUAUUCGCUUCUGUUCAAUAGUUUUAACUUUUUCCUCCGAUCAAUCAAAUAUAGGCAGGAUUUAGUCUUUCCCACCUCACCAUAUCCAUAUAAUCGCACACUGACCCCCACCACCUUUAGUAACUAAUUGCUAUGCAAAAAAAGAAAAAAAAAAGUCUAUGGUUGUUUUCAUUUUACACUUCGUUUUUAUGCCACAGCCAUUCAGUCAAUGUUAUUUUUCUUUUUCGUAGUUAAGCAAGAUGUCAAUGUACCUGUUUGAUUGUUGCAGCAGUUAACCUAAUCAAAAAGCAGAAUCUUUUUUUUUUUUUUUUUUUGUAAAUAGUACCAUUAAAACAUUUAUGUUUAACUUGG